GGACCCGUCCUGCGCUUGCUGCGCGGAUGGGGCUCGGCCGCGGCGCUGACCGAGAAGGGCGGGAAGACUCAGAACCGACCGGACAAAUCCUUGCGCCCUGAGUUUGACUGGAGGGACCCGCUGGUGCUGGAGGAGCAGCUGACAGCUGACGAGAUCCUCAUCAGGGACACUUUUCGCACCUACUGCCAGGAGCGCCUGAUGCCUCGCAUUCUGCUGGCCAAUCGCAACGAAGUUUUUCACCGGGAGAUCAUCUCGGAGAUGGGGGAGCUUGGUGUGCUGGGCCCCACCAUCAAAGGGUAUGGCUGUGCUGGAGCCUCAUCUGUGGCUUAUGGGCUCCUGGCCCGGGAACUGGAGCGGGUGGAUAGUGGCUACAGGUCAGCAAUGAGUGUCCAGUCCUCCCUCGUCAUGCACCCCAUCUACGCAUAUGGCAGCAAAGAGCAGCAGCAGAAGUACCUGCCCCGGCUCGCCAAAGGGGAGCUCUUGGGCUGCUUCGGGCUCACAGAACCCAACCACGGGAGUGACCCUGGCAGCAUGGAGACCAGAGCCCGCCACAACCCGUCCAGCAGGAGCUACACCCUCAAUGGGGCCAAGACAUGGAUCACCAACUCGCCUGUGGCCGACCUGUUUGUAGUGUGGGCUCGGUGUGAAGAUAAUUGCAUUCGGGGCUUCCUGCUGGAGAAGGGGAUGCAGGGCCUCUCGGCCCCCAAGAUCCAGGGCAAGUUCUCCCUGCGGGCCUCAGCCACGGGUAUGAUUAUCAUGGACGGUGUGGAGGUACCAGAGGAGAACGUGCUGCCCAAUGCCUCCGGGUUGGCGGGUCCCUUCGGCUGCCUAAACAACGCCCGGUAUGGCAUUGCCUGGGGUGCACUUGGAGCUGCUGAGUUCUGUUUGCACACAGCCCGGCAGUACACCCUGGACAGGAUACAGUUUGGCGUCCCACUGGCCAGGAACCAGCUGAUUCAGAAGAAGCUGGCGGACAUGCUCACCGAGAUCACACUGGGCCUUCAUGCCUGCCUGCAGCUUGGCCGCUUGAAGGAUCAAGACAAGGCCACUCCGGAAAUGGUCUCCCUGCUGAAGAGGAAUAACUGUGGGAAGGCUCUGGACAUCGCCCGCCAGGCCCGAGACAUGCUGGGGGGAAAUGGGAUUUCUGAUGAGUAUCAUGUGAUCCGGCAUGCCAUGAACCUGGAGGCCGUGAACACCUAUGAAGGUACUCAUGACAUUCACGCUUUGAUCCUCGGAAGGGCAAUCACAGGGAUCCAGGCAUUCACAGCCGGCAAGUGAAUACACUUCACCCAGGAGCCUGGAUGGUACCGAACCCCUUCCCAGGGAGCGGCUGUGCUCUGCGCUUACUCAGGGAGGUGGCAGAUGGAGCCAAUUUUUAUGUUGGGAGGUGAGAGACACUGAUUUUUAAAUUACAAAAUUUCCCUUUUGAAGUCACUCAUAUGUGCUCCUUAUAAAGAAGACGGACUCUGUACCAAGUUUCUCAAUCCAGUGGACCCCACUUAGCUUGGAACAGAAGCUUCUCUUGACAGGAAGCAGGGAAAAGAAAGAGAGUGACACAGAAGCAACCUCUAUGAGACCUGAUCUGGUGUCUGACGGAGCAACCACCCUCCCUCUGAGUUCCCUGUGUACCCUCUGACCUUCCCAUCUGGGGGAUAAGUGCCUUAUGCUGACGUUGGGGCAGAAUGUGGGGGAGAGAAUAAUAAAGAGUCUGGGAGGGGGGCAAUGGGGUGAAAAUUGGGGACAUCUGUAAUACUAUAAAAAGCUGCAUGUCUGA